GUGUUUUGUUUGUACUUCUGGUGUUGAAUAUCGGUAAACAUGGCCACCGAAAGAUCAUCUACCAAAGCGGCACUAAAGCAGACGCUACUGUCUCUGUCGGUUUCGCUAUCGUACUACUGCAUCGGGCUGGUCCGGGGAUACUCCGCACCGGCGGUACCGUCAAUGCAGGACACCGUGCCCGAGCUGCUGCCCACGAAGAAUAUUGCGUCCUGGGUCAGCUCGAUACCACCGUUCGGGGCGUUCUUCGGCAGUCUGGUGGCGUUUCCGUUGAUGCACCGAAUCGGCCGCAAGUACACGGUGCUAAUCGCUUCACCGCUGUGGGCCACGUCCUGGGUGCUGGUGGCCACCGCCACCGACUGGCACGUGCUCUUUGCGGCCCGCAUGAUGAUGGGCUUUGCCGCGGGCCUGUCGCUGCCGGCGGCCCAGGUGUACGUGACGGAGUGCAGCGAUCCGAAGAUACGCGGCGUCAUCGGGUCGCUACCGGCCUUGGCCAUGUCGUUCGGCAUUCUGGUGAUGUACGUCAUGGGCAAGUUCUUCGAGUGGCGGCAGCUGGCGUGGAUCUGUUGCGGGAUGUCGUGCUGUCUGUUCCUGGCCGUGGCCUGCUUUCCCCAGAGCCCGGUGUGGCUCAACACUAGGAAGCGCUACGAAAAAGCGCACACCUCAGCCAAGUGGCUUCACCUGGAGGGAUUCUCGUUCGAUCCAAAAGCCGCCAUCGGCCAGGGGGUGAUGUCUGCGUCGGCGAAGACCCAGGACCAGGAACAUGGCCACCCACUGGCAGUGCCUCCGAAGCCGUACUCGCGCGAAGCACUGCUACGGAGAGAGAUUCUGAUCCCGCUAGGCAUCGGCCUGACGCUACUGUCGAUCCAACAAAUGAGUGGCAUCGACGCGGUCAUCUUUUUCACGGUGGAAAUCUUUCGCGCGGCCGGAACCUCCCUGGAUAGCCAUCUGGCGACGAUCAUCGUGGGCACGGUGCAGGUGCUAAGCAAUCUGAGUGCCCUGUUCGUGGUGGACCGAUGCGGGCGCAAACCGCUACUGAUCCUGUCCGGUGUCAUCAUGUGUCUCGCCAUGGCCUCCAUGGGGGUCGCUUUUCACCUGAACUCGGCCGGUAACACGGACUUUGGCUACCUGCCGGUCGCGAGCUUAAUCGUGUUCAUGAUCGGCUUCUCGAUCGGUUUCGGAAGCAUUCCGUUUCUGCUAAUGGGCGAGCUGUUCCCGACGGCACAGCGUAGCCUGCUGAGCUCGCUGGCCGGAUCGUUCAAUUUGGCCAUGAUGUUCACCGUCAUCAAAACGUACCAUCCACUGGAAGAGCUGAUCACCACCUCGGGGACGUUCCUGAUGUACAGUGUGCUGUGUGCGCUCGGGGUCGUAUUUGUCAUCACCUGCGUGCCGGAAACGAAGGGGCGAGAGCUCGAGAGCAUACAGAAGCUGUUCGAGCGAAAACCAAAGACACCCACAGACGUCGAGCGGAGCGGCAAGCGUGGCCACGACAACCCGGCCAUCACAGUGGCCGACGAGCGGGACGACACGAGGCUAUAGGCGAGACGAUCAUCACGUUAUUUAGUUUAAGAAUAAACCACCAUCUCACCAUUUAUAGUCAACUCACUGAUACACUGAUUAGCGUUUAUUGCACAUCAAAACUAAAAUGACGCGCCGUGGCGCGGGAUAUUGUAAAACAUUAAGGACACGUCGUUGCCGUCUGGUCCGCCCCCCCAAACCGGGAAUGGCACCAGAACAGUACGUUGGAAAAUGAGAGAUUAAAAGCAUCCAAACAAAAUGAAAUCUAAUCUGACAAAACAAGGACAUUAUAUCGACUAGGCGGUAGCCUAUUGGACGAGGAAGUAGUAGUAGUUUUUGAAGAUCAUCGGUGCGGUUUCGUCCGAGAUAAAGUUACGGUCGGGGCGCUUCGAGCCGUACGGAUUGACGGUCGGCCCUUGGAUGAUCUGCAGCGGGCGCACCGAUUCUUGGACGAGCCGCUGCAGAUCGAGCGGAGACUCGAGCUCGGUGUACGAGGUCACCACGAUCGGACAGCCGGCCCCGGUGGCAUCACGGAUGGUACGGGGCCACGAGUCGACGCCCGCGUAGCCGGUGGUACGGUGCAGGCCGGGAUUGAAGAAACAGAUCAGAUCCGGGGCCCGGUAGCGCUGCGGCGAGCUGCGGUACUCGUGGUACAUCAUGCGACUCUGGAAAUCGAACGCUACCACGCGACACUUCAGCCGACAGGUGCGACACAUUCUGAGAGCAAAUAGAAAGAAACCCGGCAUUAGCGAGGUGGUGCGCACUCGAUGGCGGUGGACUCCGGACUUUCCGCAGACCGGGUUCCGGUUCGGCUCCUUGUUCUGGGGCUUUGGCCGCUCCUGACCGUUCCGGGACUUACCUUGCUCCAUCCCAACACGGGCGACCGUUACAGUACGGGCGAAUCCUACCUGUGCCUAUCUGCUAUGCUCGACUGAUUUAGCCAUAUCCGUGCGUGCUAGAAAAGGAGCUUAGAUUAGCCACGUGUAGCCACGUGUGUAGUAGAGUGGAUGAACGAAGGUGCAUAUCUGUGUACUGGACGGGGAAGUGUACGGUUGAAAAGGACGGAUGGAUGGAUGGCAUCUUAACGGAUGUGAUGAAUAAUUUGCUUCGGAACCCAUCUUCCAUUGUUAUCUACUCUUUCGCCAAUUCGGAUGCAUCUCUAAAUACUGCUCGGUGUUAGGUGAUUUAGGAAU